CUUUUAUUAUAAUAAUAAUUAGUUUUAUAUUAUAUAACUUUUAUUAACACUAUUUAUAAUUAUAAAUUUAUAGAAAGAAAGAAGAAAUGAGUGUUCAAUUUUUAAAUAUUGACGAAUGUAAAGCAGCUUUAGCAGAUUUAAGAAAUGAUUCAAAACCAACAGAUUGGAUGGCAUUAUCAUUUGAAUCACCAAAAUCACAAAAGAUUAAAUUAGUUGGUAGUGGUAGUGGUGGUGUUAAAGAAUUGGUUGAUAAUUUCCAAGAUGAUGUCGUUGGAUUUGCUUUAGUUAGAAAGAUUGAUAAAAUUGAUGAUAGUGAAACUGUUAAAUUUGCAUUCAUUAAUUUUAUUGGUGACAAAGUUGGUAUUCUCCAAAAGGGUAAAAUCUCUGUUACUAUUGGUGGUGUUAAAGAAUUCUUUGGUUCUUUCCAAUGCGAUUUUACCAUCACCUCAAGAAGUGAAAUCUCUGACGAAAUUGUUAUGGGUAAAAUUCAAGAGAUUUCAGGUUCAAGUUCACGUGUUUUAGAUGAAAGUGGUUCAAGAAAAGUUGGUACUAGCUCACCAACCAGCGGUGCAAGAAGAUCAACUGCUUUUUCAGGUUCAGUUGGUUCAUCAAAUAAAGAUGCUCUUAAAUUGGGUGAUGAAGCCGCUAUUCGUGAAGCCUUAAAAGAAUUUAGAUCAGAUGAUAGCGAAGUCGAUUGGGUUCUCUUUGGUUAUGAAGGUGGUAAUUCAAACACUGUUGUCUUAAUUGGUAAAGGUAGCAAUGGUCCAUCAGAAUUAAUUGAACAAUUACAAGACAAUAUGGUCGGUUAUGGUCUCGUUCGUAUCGUUGAAAAAAUUGAUAACAGUAACACCGUCAAAUUUGCCUACGUCAAUUGGGUUGGUGAAGAAAUCCCAAGAAUGUUACGUGCCCGUUUAGGUACCCACACUAAUUUCAUCAAGCAAUUAGUUCAACCAUACCACGUCGAUAUCAAAUGUACUACAAAAUCUGAAAUCUCUGAGAAGAUUAUCGUCGAUACUGUUGCCAAAGCUUCAGGUACCGCUUCAAUGGUCUUAGAAAAUGCUAAUCAAGGUGGUCGUCAAACUACAUC